UCUUAUUAUGCGGUGUCGUUGUGUUUGCGCCGCCCGCUCCGCGCAGGGCAGGAGGGUCCUUGUGAGUUACGACUCGCUCAAACAUGCGAGAGAUGCUCGCCGGCUAAUUGGAUUGGCCACGAGAGGCGAAGGGACAUGAGGUGGAAUUUGUCUGCGCGAGAAUGAGCGCAGAGAGAGGAGGGGCCUUGAUGCUAAACUAUGCUGUGAGAGAGAGCGGGGCAUCCCUUGUAGCCAACACACAGGAACGCACACGGAAACUCAGUAGAAGCCCUUCGAUGGAGACAAUGAGAGACUUGGUCCUGACUGUGAUCAUCCUUCUGCCUCUAGUGGCGUCAGAAUCGGAGCACUGCAUCAUUCAGCGAGAGCAUGACAAAUGCAUGGAGCGGAUGGAUAUGCACGACCCCAACGACGACUUGGACAUGGCGUGCCCUUGGAUGUGGGACAACCUGACCUGCUGGCAGGCGGCCGACGUGGGCGAGGUGGUGGUGGUCAACUGCCCCGAGUUUUUCCACGAUCUGAUGGGCCCGGAGGACGAGAUGGGGCGGGUGAGUCGCAACUGCACGGAGGAUGGCUGGUCCGAACCGUACCCUCACUACCUGGACGUGUGCAUCUUCUACGACAACGCCACUAAACCGGACAUGUACUAUGCCUCAGUCAAGGCCCUGUACACAGUUGGCUACAGCACAUCCCUGGUGUCGCUCACCACUGCCAUGGUCAUCCUCUGCAGGUUCAGGAAGCUCCACUGCACCAGAAACUUCAUCCACAUGAACCUGUUCGUGUCGUUCAUGCUGAGAGCCAUCUCGGUCUUCAUCAAGGAUGGCGUGCUGUACGCGCAGGAGGACAGCGACCACUGCUUUGUGCAUACGGUGGCGUGCAAAGCGGUGAUGGUUUUCUUCCACUACUGCGUCAUGUCCAAUUACUUCUGGCUUUUCAUCGAAGGUCUCUACCUCUUCACUCUGCUGGUGGAGACAUUUUUCCCCGAGAGACGAUAUUUCUACUGGUACACCAUCGUCGGAUGGGGAACCCCCACCAUUUGUGUGACCGUCUGGGCCGUGCUGAGACUCCAUUUUCACGACACCGGAUGCUGGGAUACAAAUGAACACACUGCUCUCUGGUGGGUUAUCAAAGGACCUGUAGUGGCCUCCAUUAUGAUCAAUUUUGUUCUCUUUGUGGGAAUCAUCAUCAUCCUGGUGCAGAAGCUGCAGUCCCCUGACAUCGGAGGCAAUGAAUCCAGCAUUUACCUCAGCUGUGCUCAGAAAUGCUUCAGUGAGCCCUCACAGGCUGUUCAGCAUUCGUGCAGGAUGUCAGAGUUGUCCGCCAUCACACUGCGUCUUGCGCGUUCCACCCUCCUGCUCAUCCCGCUGUUUGGAAUUCACUACACCGUCUUUGCCUUCUCCCCCGAGGAUGUCAGCAAGCGGGAGCGGCUGGUCUUCGAGCUGGGCCUCGGCUCCUUCCAGGGCUUUGUGGUCGCCGUCCUUUACUGCUUCCUCAACGGGGAGUUUCUCCCUGAAGGUGCAGUCCGAGAUCAAGAGGAAAUGGCGCAGCUGGACGGUGAACCGAUACUUUGCUGUGGACCUGAAGCAACAGAGGCACCCGUCGCUGGCCAGCAGCGGUGUGAACGGCGGGACGCAGCUUUCCAUCCUGAGCAAGAGCAGCUCUCAGAUCCGCAUGUCCAGCCCGCUGGCGGAGAGCGCCAACAUCAGCCUGCCCACAUGAGCGUGUGAUCACGUGACCUCGCCAUCACCCGCCGCCGCCGCCGCCAGCCAACCGUCUUGAAUGAAUCCACACCAGGCGGAAGAGACCAAAGUGGCCCCCUGGCUCAUGAGUACUUUUCAAUUUCAGUUCCUCUCAAUGGUGCACUUGGGUUUUAAUUCAAAUCAAUCAAAGGAGGCAUUCUCAUAGUUUACUCUACCCCCGACCUUCUUUUUUUUUUUUUUUACAUUUUAAUCUAAUUUAAUUGAUUCCGAUGGUCAAAAAUGUGUACAAUGACUAUCAAAGUGCCAUAAAAGUCCAAAGUUAAAAAAAACAACAACCUUUGCCUUGCUUAUGACCCUGACCCCAACUCUUACUCCAACCCUAAUACAAUGCCGAAACCCAACCGAACCUAUAAAUCCCAAUAGAAAUCUUACCUUACCUAAACAUGAAGCCUAACCCGACCCCUAAAAUCCUCAUUUAAGUGUUAUACUGUAUUUGACUUUUUUACAGUCAGCCGUAAGUACUAAGUAUGUCAAAAGAACAAAAAAAACAACAACCCAAAAACGAAUUGUGGACUUUGUAAAUAUUUUGAGAAUAGACAAGUAUAUCUGUUUUAUGAUUGCGUUUACAUAACUAUUGUAAUCCAAUGUCCACCCCCCCCCCCCAAAAAAAAGGACUGGAGUCCUAACCUGUAGAUCUCAUCCCAUAUUUAACUCAAUAUGAGGGACUAUUCAAGUAGACUUAGUGCCAAAAUGAAUGACUUUUCUAUGAAUUCUUCGACGUCUACCGUGCAAUAGAGCAGUGCCAUGACUUUUUAUUGACUUCAUCUGCAGCUUUACACGCGGCGUACAAGGAUAUCAAGCUCCCCUUCCACCCCUCGCCCACUGUCGUGUGCGUCUACAAAAAGUGCCUCGUCCCCCACUCGUUUUUAUUUAUUUACAAUGGACAUUGAAAAAAAGCCAUUUCCUGCAUUGAAUGUACAGUGUUGUGCUUUACUCCGCAUGUUGCUAUGAAGUUUUUAUUUAUUUAUUUGCUUAUUUUUGUCUUGGUGAAUCAUUUUUUUUCUUUUUUAAGGUCCAUUUUCACAUAGACAGUAUUUCAAAUAUUAGUGUAACAUUUACAAAAAAAAAUCAUAUUGACUACUACACAUCACGCUUUAUCAUUUUCAAUUCAUUUUACUUAUUCAUACAUACAUGUACUGUAUUUUAUAUAUAUAUAUAUAUAUAUAUAUAUAUAUAUAUAUAUAUAUAUAUAUAUAUAUAUAUAUAUAUAUAUAUAUAUGUAUAUAUAUAUAUAUAUAUAUAAUAUUUAUAUACACACACACAUAUGCAUCAUCUUCAUUCACCCUCUCUGAUUAAAAUGUCACCCCAGAAAAAUAUUGUAGUAUUAUAUCACUAUUAUUACAUUUAUGAUACAUCAGUAUCAUAUGCAGUGGAAUCUCCAAUUUCAGAACAUAUUAUCCCCCCAUAGGAAAUCAUGUCCAAAAAAUUCAUCCGCGCGCCUAAAUCCGUAUAGUCAAAAGUAACAUUUUCUCAACUGUCAAAAGUGUGAAAAAAGGGGAAAAAAAAGAGAACCGUUUUACAGUUUGAAGACGUCUUACAAACAUGUAAUGGCGUAGCGCUUUUCUUACACACUCAACUCAACUGUAUUUAUAGAGCACUUUCAAACAGCCAUCGCUGCAUAUAAAGUGCUGUCCUUUUAGCAAUUAACAUAUACAAUAAACACACGGUUCUUGCUGGAAUUAAUACAUGGAUGUUUACAGUAGAUGAGCUGAAGUCUCAUUGGAUUUGCUGCGAUCUCAUGUGAUGUGACACGUAAUGUUUUCGGUGGUUUUCUUGAAUGUCCGAACUGUGCCACAAUUUUCGUCUUAUUGUCAUAAUUUUGUGUGUGUGUGGAGGGGGGGGGGGGGGGGCGAUUGCUGCUGCUUACGUGCAUUAUCACCAGCUGUCAUUCUGAGUCUGAAUGCAGCUCAGAUAGUAACGACCAUGUCUCAAAGCUGUUAGCUGUAUGUGUGUGCUGUAUCUGUGCCCAUUACAAGGGGUCAGUCAUGUUUCUUUUACAUUUUUAUUAGUUGGGGGCGGGAGAACGUCGCAAACACGGGGCACAAGUUCGUAGAAACUCAACUUAACUUUAUUUAUACAGCGAGCGAUCCUUCAUUUGCACAAACGAGGUCACAUUAUGCCAAGCUAGGCGCUAGCUAAUGUUCUAGUUCGUGAGCUGCCAAAAUGCGAUUUAUGUGAACUAAAAUGUGAAAUAAAAUAAAAUUGUCAGAUGUAACCAGAAGUAAUUGUACUACGCUUAUUUAUUUAUUUGUCCCUACAUUUUCAUCGGAAAUCAUAUACUUUAUAAAUGUUUUUCCAUGACUUUUGAUGUAUUUAUUUAAUUUUGGCACACAAAAAUUGCUCUUAUCACGUUGCAUGAAUGAUACAUUGUAUAAAUAUAAAGACAAUUUUACAAAUGAAUAAAUAAAAAUAGGCUUAAAACAUUCAAAAUAGUUUACAUGAAAUUAAAUGAAAUUUCAACAUAACGGCCUUAUGUACAAGGAUUUUCAACAAAACAACAACAAAAACAAGUUAAUAUUGUGAUUUUCCCGUGCCUUCUGUGAGGUCAGAGUAUUUCCUUUUCCAAAAACAAACUGUGAACUUUUUUGAGUCCUCCAAUCACUUUUUACUUUCUCAUUUAGCUUCACAUUGUGUGACAUUGAGCUUGAUAUCUCCAGCUUCGGGUGAGCGCACUUGGGCUCUUUUCGUGUAUGUGUCUGUGUCAAAGAAAAGAGGGCAAAAGGCCAUAGUUGGACAGUUCAGGGAAUUUACAACUGCUUGUUAAGCGCCAGGUGACAAGCUAGUGCUUCGGCUUGUUAGCUUCGCUUAGCACAACUUUUUUUUUCCUGCAAAAAUAAAUAUGUCGAGCUAUCACUUUAUUUAAAACCUUUUACAAGCACCUCAAAACCUACUGAGCUAAUUUUUGGGUAAAUUAGCACAAACUGAGCUAGGCUAGGCUAUGCAGAGUUCAGCGGGCAACUGGUCUUAGAUGGAAAGCAAUUGAGAACAUUUUUCAACUGAAUAUUAAAAGUGUCUGAAGUAUUUUUGUGUGUGUUUUACGAACUGUGAGUUUUAGUUUAUUGCCAAUGCAUUUUUGAAUGUACAGUUGUCGCUCAGCUGCUCUUCUAUGAUGCUUGCUAUGAAUCUACAUGGUGUUUUAUCACAUAUAUAUAUAUAUAUAUAUAUAUAUAUAUAUAUAUAUAUAUAUACAGUAUAUAUAGUAUUAUUGUGUAUUUCAUUUUCAGAUUUUUUUUACCUACUGGUUGAGUCCUGCAGUGUUACGACUGCAUUUUAAACGCUUGAGUUAGCAAGCGUGUAAUAGUAAAAUGAAUGCUAGUGUCUGUAGUGACAUGCAUACAAGAAAAGUAAAUGUAUAUAUGGAGAAAAAAAACGCGAUAUUUGUUCAUCCAGCUUCCCGUGUCGUAAAAAAAAGUGAGGUCCAACAUUCACAUCCAUGUUGUGUACAUCUGAUGGCUCAAUAAAUAUGUGCAAAAUUGUCGUA